AUGAUAUGGAACAGAGCGUCCAAGAUCACCAGUAGCGGCAAUAUCACUCGCAGAAGCUUGCUCGUCUUUCUCUCUCAUUCCGUCGGCUGCUCCUGCUUUUCAGUACCGUCGGCUAUUGCCUUUGCGGCCGCUCGAAGGCCUGUUCCGAUCUUUGCGUCCCGACUCUAUUCCAGUAGUAGCAGCAACAUCAUGGACAGCAGCAGCAUUCUUCAGGAGACGGCGGAUUACAACAAUUGUGUUUCGGCAUCUGUCAAUGUGGGCAAUGCUCGUGUGGUGGAAGAAGAUGGCGGUCAAAUGUGGCUCAGCUUGACACGGUCUGUGGAAGAUAUCGAUAAUGACAAGACCCGAAGCUACGAGUAUACCCUGCCCAUUAUUGUGACUGAUGAUAGCAAUACAAAGCAACCCGUCUUUCACAACAUGCCACCAACUGAAGUCAGUUCCAACAUUCAAGCCAAAAUCUACAGCCACCAAUCCUGCAAACUGGCCAUAUUGCGAGCCGAUGACAACAGCAAUGGAAAUGACGGCAAGACAGUGCCACGACAAGUCUUUGAAAUUUGGCUGACAACGGCGUCGUCUCCCUCUCUGGUCCGACGAAUCCCACUACCAACAAACAAACUCCAUGGCAAGGUGAUUGUCGACUCAGAUACGUUUGGAAGACCUUCCUGGAGCCCCAAUGACGACAAGGUCUUGGUCUAUGCGGCCGAACGAAAGAAACCCGAAACAGUUUCGUUCUUUGACUAUCAACAACCAAACCAAAAAACAGGCGACAAUGACAACAAUCCGAUACCAGGUGGUCAACAUACGCUGGGUGUGGGGAAAUCAGAAACCUGGGGAGAACAGCUCUGGAAGAAUGAACCAUUGUUGGAUUUGUUCCUGCUUCACACCGAAACGGGGCGCGUUGCCAAGGUCACCAACGUGCCUGGCAUGGAUGAUAAUGCCGACAGUAGCCUGGGAUCCUACACAUUGGGUCAGGUUGUCUUUGCACCCGAUGGGAAAUCCAUUGUCUAUACGGGAUGGGAUGCGGGUGGUGGCCAAGGUAUGCCCAAGAGGUUGGGAUUGAUAUAUUGCAUCCAGAGACACAGCAAGCUCUACGCAUCGUCCAUUUCCAAUCUAUUGGAGCAUAUCAGUCGGCAACCUACUACGGACAAAGACGAAGACGUAGUCACGGACACUGAUUAUGUCUGUUUGACACCCAACAAUCGAAUGGCCAGGUCGCCGCGGAUGUCUCCAGAGGGAAAACUCGUAUUUCUGGCCAGCAAAGAGGGCUUUGACACUCACUUUGGUCAUUUGGCCCUGCACAGGAUGGAAUGGAAAAACGGUGCUAUCGAUGUAUCCAGUGAAGCGGUACUGGUCAAGCAACAUUGGAGCAUCCGUGAACAAACAGAGGGAAGUGAAGGCAUCGUAGAGCAAAUCUCGUUUCCUGGAUUGGCCUUGGUGGGGCAGUUACCAGAGAAAUGCUUUGUAUCACAGGAUACAAUGGUAACAAACACUAUUUGGGGAAGUUCCGAGCAGAUGGUUCGAAUCAAUGUGAACGACGGAACGACAAGGCUCGUGCGGGCGUGCAUUGACGGAUCCGACAAAUGGUCCAAGGGAUUGACGUCACAACGCAUACUCUGCACGACCUCAUCCGGAGGAAUCGUCCUGAAAGAAUCUACACUCAACAAUCCUGGUGUCAUUGCUUACAUUCCACCCGAUGAGCUUUCGAAACCGAAUAUUGUCGACGAAGGUGCCGCCGCAACAUCGGUGGCGUCUUUAGCACCUUUGUCAGCGUCUACGUGUGCUCCGGUAUCUGCCACUACUGAUCCAGUAUCUGACUUUACAUACCAAAUCUUGAACUUGGAGAGAGAGGGUGAUGACGGGACGAAGUGGAAUGCCCCCAUCCAGAGCAUCCUCGUGCUACCCAAACAGGAAGAGGGUGCAGCAAAGCCUCCUUUGAUUUGCCUUCCACAUGGAGGCCCUCACAGUGUGUCCACGACAGACUAUCUACCGACGUGGCCCUUCCUGUGUGGCUUGUCAAAGUAUGCCCUCUUGCUAGUGAAUUACCGAGGAAGCGUUGGCUUUGGGCAAUCGGCAGUCGAAGACCUUCCUUCCCGUUGUAGCGACCUGGAUGUGAAAGAUGUCGUCCACGCCGUAAAGCAUGUGGCUGAGUCCGGGCUUGUCGAUCCCGCUCGAUUGGGCAUUUGCGGUGGCUCUCAUGGAGGUUUCCUCACUGGACAUUGCAUUGGUCAGUAUCCAGAUUUGUUCAAAGCAGCGUGUACGAGGAACCCUGUCACCAACAUUGCUAGCAUGAUGAGUGCGACGGAUAUCCCGGACUGGUGCGUCGUUGAAGCCUGUGGGAUAGGCAAGUACGACUGGAACAGGUUCACGGGUGCCAGUGCUGAACAACUGUCAGAGAUGUAUCAGAAAUCGCCCAUUUUCCAUUCGCAAAAGGUCAAGGUACCCACCUUGAUCGCUCUGGGCAUGCAAGAUCUCAGAGUCCCUCCUUUCCAAGGCCUCGAGUUCUACCACAUUCUGCGGUCAAACGGUGUCAAAACAAAGCUACUUCAGUAUGACGACUGUGAUCAUCCGAUUGGAGCCGUUUGUUCCAAAGCGGACCAUUGGAUCAAUAUAAAGCGGUGGUUUGAUGAGCAUAUGUGA